AAAAAAAAGCCCUCAAAGCUUAACGCUUGCUGUACGCUGAGCUGCAGUGCUUCGCUUUUCCCUCCUCCUUUCUUCUCUUCUUUCUUCUCUUGACUUCCUCUGUUUUGUUUUGUUCUCGUGGGCAUUUCGCAUAGAUUUUGUGCACUGGUGGUGGGAGGGAGGGGAGUGAGAAGGAUCAAAACCAGCCCAGCCAAAAUAAAUCGUCCACGAGAACUCAGGAGUAGCGUUUGCAAUGGGCGCUGUGAUGGGUACGUUCUCCUCUCUACAAACGAAACAAAGAAGACCAUCAAAAGGGAAGGCUCAGAGCUUUUGGAACAUUUGAAUGGCAACUCAGACAAACCCUGAAAAAGGGACUGAGCAUGGAAACAAGCCUUCUGGGGAAGGACUGCAGGGUGCUUGCUAGGACAGCCCCAAAUCACAGGUGUGAGAUAAAAUUGAAGAUGAAUUAGAAAUGACUACGGUGUGCCACAGACCCGAAGGCCUGGAACAGCUUGAAGCGCAAACCAAUUUCACUAAAAGAGAGCUUCAAGUGCUUUACAGAGGAUUUAAAAAUGAAUGUCCUAGCGGGGUGGUUAAUGAAGAGACGUUCAAACAGAUCUAUGCACAGUUUUUUCCUCAUGGAGAUGCUAGCAUGUAUGCACAUUAUCUCUUUAACGCGUUUGACACUGCACAGAAUGGCUCAGUGAAGUUUGAGGACUUUGUGAUGGCGUUGUCAAUUCUGUUGCGGGGAACAGUUCAUGAGAAGCUCAGAUGGACGUUUAACCUUUAUGACAUAAAUAAGGAUGGCUAUAUAAACAAGGAGGAGAUGAUGGAUAUAGUAAAGGCAAUUUAUGAUAUGAUGGGAAAGUACACAUAUCCCGUGCUGAAGGAAGAUGCUCCAAGGCAGCACGUAGAAGUGUUCUUCCAGAAAAUGGAUAAAAACAAAGAUGGUGUUGUAACUUUAGAUGAGUUUAUCGAAUCGUGUCAGGAGGAUGACAAUAUCAUGCGGUCCUUGCAGCUCUUUGAGAACGUAAUGUAACCAUGCCUGGAAAGCUCUGGAAGAGUCAGAGACUGUGUGUGUAACAAAGACCUCCUUUCUGGGUGAAAGCUUUUUAUAAUUCAGCCAUGUUCAAUUCAGCCAGCGUGUGAGGGUUUUGUAUGACGUGUCCAACCAAACGGCAACUGAAUGCAACUGAUCCCAUCUCUCCUCCACAAGAGACGACGGUGGACCUCUAUUUCAUUUUGGAAGCAUGCAAAUACUUUAAUAAAACCUGACGAGAGAGCUGCUGCUUGAAGCUCAAUGAGUAAUACACAGCGUUCUGUUUGCAAGCCACAAGUCCUGCUUUAAUCUAGCAAGCUUGAUUGCGUAUGAUAGCUCAUGUUGAUAGCAUAUUCAGCCACCUAUUACAAGCAAAAAGCUCAGUCCAUACAACCAUAUGGCAAAAUGUUUUAUGGAUGCCUUGCCUUUAAUCUGCUUUUACAAAAAAAAACAAAGAAUCUACAAGGGCCAUCUGUAAAAAUGAACAGUGAAUGUACCUGGGACGUUAAACAGACAGCCCGUGUAGCCAGCAUCCCCAUUUCUGCAGAGAUCUUGCUUCUCACUGCACUGGUGCCACCACGCUGAGGCUGGUGGAGGUAUGCCUGAGCACAUUAACCAGAGGAACUCAAUGCCAGGGUUAGUCAGAAAGGAGCAAAGCAUGAGUAGCACGUAAAUUUCAAAGUGCAGAGCAAAUCUGAUCAAUGAUGGUAAGUUGUUGCAGGACCAGGUAGGUUUAUAAGGGCUGCUAGAGGAAGAUGCACACCUGCUCUGGUCCCAGCCACCUUCUGCAGUCCCGGUGUGUUGUGGGACACCAAGUGAUUCUCCACUGUGCACCUCAGCAGCACCAUGGCCGUGUGAUGGUCCUUCCGCUGUGGUUUGGCACCUGCUUCUUAGAUGCGUCACUUGAACAUCUGUAUUCCUCCAUUAGAUGUUAAAACAAAGUAACUUCUACUCUGUGGAGUUAUUUAAGCUUUCCAGAAAAGGGCCAGGUGGUGCAGCUGUGUUCCCACGUAAGGGCCUUGGCACCCACAGAGUGCCAAAUAAGUUUAAUUGGCGCCUGCAUGGUUGCUGUUAGUAUCAGAAAUGUCUGCCGGGGUAGUUCCACAUUUUCUGUAGCAAAAUCUUUAUCCCACAAGACAGUUGCAUGACUCGUGCAAGUCCUGAUCCUUACCAAUGCCCUGGAGAGCUUUGUUGUGGGGAAUUGUUGGUUUCUUUCUUCCAAGAGGGAAACAGGAAGAGUCAUGUAGUGAAUUUAUACCAAGGUUGGAUUACGCCCAGUAGAUGUGUCUGCUGAGGAACAGGUCAGCCUGCUUUGCAGAGGAGUCUUAAGGAAAAUGGCUGUUCCCAAGCAGCUGAUGGUUGGGAAACCAAGGGAAGGAGGGAGCAGCCACCUGUACCAGCUGCACAAACCACACAGAAAGGAGAAUCCCCUGUCGUACCCAACAUCGUCCCUGUCCAGUAAGCAUAUAUUUUUAUUAUGUCAGAUACUAUAUUGCUAAUAUACUGUUGGCACUGAAGAUAUAUUUUAAAUAUUACGUAUGUGGAAGCUUUUUAUAAGACUAAAUAUAUAGUAUGCCUAAUUUCUGUAGCCCUAUGUUUUAUAAAAAAAAAUUAAUCUGUUGAAAUAUUCCUGGUUAUAGAGGUAGGUCUGAUCAGUACUGGAGUAAUGCUAUGUGUAUUCCUCAAGAUGGGAAGUGUUCCUUUUUUCUGUGCUUCUGCAUACUCUUCUGUGUGGUCUUUGCUUUGUUCCCCCAAGUUGAUUACUUGUCAUCAAAACAGCUGGUCAGCUGAGGGAAGUUACUUGCAUGCAGGAAUGACAUCUCAGUCUGUCCUGUUCGCUGCCUUGCACGCAAUUACCAUUAAUUAAUUCCUUCUAGCGAGUAUGCAGAGCAAAGCAGCUCCAGUGAUGUGCUGGGAUUCACAGAAGGGAUGCAGUGCUGUGAGAGUAGCCUUGUCUUCCAGCUGUCCAGUGUUGUCUAUUUGUUUUUUGUUUAAUAGGCACUUGAUAAAGACAUCAGCUGUAGCUGGAAUAAUGCCCAAUAUUUAUGUUGUUCCUUCUUGUGAUUCUUCUUGUAAUCACUUGGGCAAAUAAGAGCCUUCAGUGCAACAAGCAACCUGCUUUGUUCUCCUCCAUCCCUGCAGGCAUGUGUCUGUUGUCAGUCUGAGCAGGUAAUGUCACUGGACCAAAAAAAAGGGAAAGCAACCAUUUGUACUGAGUUCUUCAGUGUCUUUCACCUCUAACAGUGAUGCUCCAAAUGUGCUCGCAAGAUGGCAUAUGUAGCCUGAAUAUUUCUCAGAAUUGGAAUGUGCCUUUUUCAGUAGACCAGAAGUAUUAAUAGAUGCGUGAUCCUUGUAGACCCUGGAGCUAAAUUAAUUUCUGGAGCCACCCUGAAUUUGGCCUCAGCUGUGUUUUCAGUCUCCGCUAGGAGAAGUGUUGUGUCCCAGGGACCAGAACUGCUCUGGGUCAAGUACAGCCUGACUGAGCAACAUACCUGAAACAUCUGCAUGUUACUCUCAACGUAUCUUUAAGUGCAUUGCUGAAGCCAGAUUACUAUUAGUGCCCUUACACUUUUCGUUUCUCCUCUUCUGCACUGCUGUAGUUUUUAUCAGUUCCCAGUAAUGAUGGCCGUGCGUUAGGAAGAGAGGGAGAUGCUGAAAGCUGCUCUGGUCCUGACUCUGCCCCUAAGCCAUAACCAGAGCCCAGCUGCCAUUGCCUGUGCCUCAUGCCUGCCAUUUGCUCCUGGAUUGCUGCUUCUAUGUUCCCCUUAAGAUGCCAUCCAGAGACCCAGCCAGGCUGAGCUGCCAGCCCAGGAGAAACUCAUGGGGUUCAAUAAAUCCAAGUGCAAGGUUUGGCACUUGGGUCACAGCAAGCCCUGCUAUCAGUGCAAGCUGGGGAAUGUAAGGUAGAGCAUGGCUGUGAACUAAAAGAGGGGAGAUUUAGGUUGGAUAUGAGGAAGAGGUUUUAUACAGUGAGGGCAAUGAGGCAGUGGCACAGGGUGCCCAGAGAUGUGGUGGAUGCACCAUGUCUGCAGGCACUCAAGGUCAGGCUGGACGGGGCUCUGAGCACCUGAUUUAGUGGAGGUGUCCCUGUUCAGUGCAGGCAGUUGGACCAGAUGGCCUUUAAGGGGUCCUCCAACUCAAACUCUUCUCUGAUUGUAAGUCUGUUGCUUCAGUAGGAGGAUUUGCCACGUGACGCACAACAGCAGCAUUUCCUGUAGCUCUGGUCAUGUAUUCUGGCUGUGACAGAGCAGUUGCCUUUGUGAAACCAUUUAUUAUCCUGUGUUUGUCCACAAUCCCACUGCUAGCAGCCGGAGGCUUGUGUGCAUCAGUGCCCAGGGGCCUCAGGGCUUUCCGUGAGCAGCAUCCAUGCACGUGGCAGGUGACAGAGCUGCAGUGACUGUGAGAGAGUCAUCCUCUGCAUGGAAAUGUCUUUGGGUUUGCCUUUUAUGUUCUUGGUGAACAUUAGUUUGUAAGCUUGCAAAGCCUCUCAUCGCUCAUAAAUGAGGCUUGCAAUAUUGAUGGCAAAUACUUACUGCUACGGCUUUCCAAAUAAAACAUAGUAUGCUGUUCUGAUCUCAUCUCGCCAUCAAUCCUCUUGCCAGGAUGUGAAGGAAGCUGCUGCGCUGCCUGCUAAGUUACAGUUAGACUCUGUCAGUGCUAUCAGCUGUGCACAUUUUCUUGAAGCUGUGAAUGUUUCAAUAACAUCUGCAUUGUAAGUCUGACUGUUUCACUACUUACAAGCAUUAAUCUGCAUUUUCAUGCUAGCGUUUUCUAAUAAAAGCCUUUCUAACAUGCGCUUUAGGCAACCAUCUGUUGAAAAAUAGGAAUAUGAUGAAUGAUGAUGCAAAAAAAAAAAAAAAAAAAAAAGCAAGCAAUGUAAUUCAUCUGUUGUCGUUGAUGUACAUUUUCCUGUAUUUUUGAAUGCAUUGCAAUACUGUGAGUAACUGUAUGUUGAGUUGCAAACCUGAAGGUGCGGAUAUACGAAGGUUCCAGCGCCGCGGGCAGGACUUUGGCAAUGCCUGGCUGCAGCAUGGUAAGAGCAGGGCAUCUUCAUGUCUGCGUGUGACCGCCGCUAAGAUGGCAGCAGCUCGUUGCUCGUGGGAGCGCCAUGAAGGACUUGUGGGACAGUGCUGCUGGUGUCGGUGGUGCAAACUAAAGCCAUGCGGGUGGAGCGGCGGUGCGUCGCUCCUAUUAAAAAUGCUGUUAUCCGAUGGCAGUUUGUAUGACGUUUUGUUGAAUGGUUUUAAAGAUUUGGGUUUUAAUAAUAAAAACUAUGUGUCUGUA